AUGCGGUUUUUUCUUCUCUUCAUCCUCUUUGCCGUUGAAACUGUGGACAGUCGCGGAGGUCGAAGAGGAGGGAAAGGGAAGGGGAAGAGUAAUCUACAAUUUGCACAAGUAGCGGAGUUCUCACUGAUUCAUACACAACUGGCUGAUAACCGAAGUGCACAUAUAGUCACCGGAUCUCACUUCAGUCAAACGUUCCGACUCGGAUAUAAACUGAUAUUGAUAUGCAAGGCAAAAGGAGAUCCACGACCAACUAUCAAAUGGUACAAGGAAGGAGCAGAAUUACAUCCAAAACACAAUGUUCACUUUGUCCGCUCGACCUCUUUAGUAACAAAAACGAAAAGUUUUGAUGCACGUUCUUACCUAUUGGUGCUAGUGGUUAAUUUUCCCGAGCGAUGCCCUACUAAAUAA